CGGAGCAGAGUGACUACAAAGUAAGCACCUCCCACGGUCUACGAAAUCACUUCAUUUCUACAUCUUGUUGAGUUCUUACAGUUGCAGACAUGCCUGGCAUGGUGCAUCUAUCCUUCCUUUUACCCUUACUCCUCUCCCUGGCCCUAAACCUAGUAUCCUUCGCCACGGCGACCGGCGAGGACCAGUUCGCCUACUCCGGCUUCUCUGGCAGUAACCUCACCCUCGACGGAACAGCCAAGAUUACACCAGACGGUGUCCUUGAGCUGACCAAUCACACAGUUCACCUUAAAGGCCAUGCGUUCUACCCAACUCCAUGGCGAUUCCGCAAGUCUCCCAACGAGGUGGUGCAGUCCUUCUCAAUAACCUUUGUGUUCGGCAUGGUCCCUGUCUACUCUGAUAAGUGUACCGAUGGCAUGACUUUCCUGAUCUCCCCAACCAAAGAUUUCUCCGGUGCACAGACCUCACAAUACUUGGGUCUCCUCAACAAAACAAGUGAUGGCAAAGCAAGCAACCACAUAUUUGCAGUCGAGCUUGAUAGUAGCCAAAAUACUGAGUUCAAUGACAUUGAUGACAACCACAUCGGCAUCGAUAUCAAUAAUCUCACCUCGUUUGUAGCCGAAUCAGCUGGCUUCUACGAUGACAAGAAUGGUAUCUUCAAAACCUUGUCCCUUGUUAGCCGCAAAGCAAUGCAAGUGUGGGUGGACUAUAAUGGCGAGGCCACACAGAUCAACGUGACAUUGGCUCCCCUCAGGGUAGCCAAACCGUCCAGACCACUACUGUCAGCUACCUACAACCUCUCAACGGUGCUGGAAGAUCCAUCAUACAUCGGCUUCUCGGCAUCAACUGGUCCAAUCAAUUCACUGUAUUGUGUGCUUGGCUGGAGCUUGGGCAUAAACCGUCCUGCUCCAUCGAUCGACAUCACCAAGUUGCCGAAGCUACCUCGGGUUGGCCCAAAACCUCGGUCCAAGGUGCUGGAGAUCAUCCUACCAAUAGCCACAGCCGCAUUCAUCCUCCUUGUCGGAACAACUUUAAUUCUAUUAGUGCGGAGGCGAAAGAGGUACGCUGAGAUACGUGAAGAUUGGGAAGCCGAGUUUGGGCCACACCGCUUUUCAUACAAGGAUUUGUUCCAUGCUACAGAUGGAUUUAAGAAUAAGAAUCUACUUGGCCUAGGAGGAUUUGGCAAGGUGUAUAAAGGUGUACUUCCUGUCUCAAAAUUAGAGGUUGCUGUAAAGAGGGUGUCUCAUGAGUCAAAGCAGGGAAUAAAGGAGUUUGUCUCCGAGAUUGUCAGUAUUGGCCGCCUCCGACAUCGCAACCUUGUCCAGCUACUCGGUUAUUGCAGAAGAAAAGGUGAACUCCUAUUGGUAUAUGACUACAUGUCAAAUGGCAGUCUUGAUAAGUAUUUACAUUGUGAAGAGGAUAGGCCCACUCUGGAUUGGGCUCAAAGGUUUCAAAUCAUCAAAUGUGUUGCAUCUGGCCUAUUCUACCUCCAUGAGAGGUGGGAGAAAGUUGUACUCCACCGAGACAUCAAAGCAAGCAAUGUGCUCCUUGAUAGUGAAAUGAAUGGACGUUUAGGUGACUUUGGUCUUGCAAGAUUGUAUGAUCAUGGCACCGACCCACAAACAACACAUGUAGUUGGUACCAUGGGAUAUCUAGCCCCAGAAUUGGGGCGCACUGGUAAGGCAACACCUCUGACAGAUGUGUAUGCGUUUGGUAUUUUCAUUCUUGAGGUAACCUGCGGACAAAGGCCUAUCAAUAGACUUGCAGAGGCUAGUUCACAGAUGUUAAUUGAUUGGGUUGUCGAGCACUGGCACAAAGGAUCACUCACAUACACACUUGACAGUAGGUUACAAGGAAACUAUAGCGCAGAUGAGGUAUGCCUGGCAUUAAAUCUAGGAUUGCUGUGUGCACAUCCAUUUUCCAACGCAAGGCCCACUAUGCGGCAAGUCAUACAAUACCUCAACGGUGAGACACCACUCCCGGAGUUGAUGCCUACAAACUUAAGUUAUAGCAUGUUGGCCCUGAUGCAUAAUGAAGGUUUUGACCAAUACACAUCACUGCCUUCCACCGUUGGCAGCAGUAGCAUGACAUCCAGCCUCACGAGUGGAAGAUGACAAAAGAUAGAUGUCAUUCCCAGGACCAGACCAUUUGGAAGUUAGUAGAGCUGAUUACAUUAUGGAAGCCCACUGUAAUGCUUUUUCCUACUGUAUAAUACUUUUUACCUCAGGGAUUCAGAAACAGAAAAUAAUCUACUGUGACUAAUUAGAUCUACAAAGGGUUCUAGUUUAAAUAGUUAUGCUUCUAUGCAAGGGUUCUGCUGUUAGACCUUGUAAAUAGCUGUAGAGUUUCUAUGUGUAAACAGUUGUAAAUAUUGUCAUAAAACGCUACAUUACACAAGGAUAGUGCAAUCUUGAAUAAAGUAGUUCGCACCUCGAUUCUCCAA